AACAAACACAGAAGUUCAAAAUUUGAAAUUCAAAUUGAACUGUUCUUUGAAUAAUGCUCAAUGAAUGUAAAAAGAAAAAACAGCAACGCGUCAAUGAAAAAGGCUUUGAAAGCCGAAAUAGAUCAUUAUGUGCCCAAAACUAUCGAGGCUGUUGACACAAUUCGCCGGGGAAUUCUGGACAAAAAUCAAAUGAGGGAGGCUCACAUGGUGAUUGAAGCGCUCAACAACAACCCCAAUGUGGAUUUAACCAUUAAAAUUGCCUACAAAUUAAUCACUUUUAGUGGAAAUGAAGACUUGACUCCGUCUGUUAAACACUUUGGAUUUCAGCUGGUCGAAAAUUGUAUCAAAUAUAAAUGGGAUGAAAUUUCAAAUCCAACCAAAGAUGAAAUUAAAGUAUUUCUCCAGAAGAUGGUUUGCGAAACUCUGGUUGGUAAAGAUUUGAAACUCAUUAAAGAGGGUAUUUCCAAAUGUGUAGUGGAGUUAAUGAAGAGAGAAUGGCCCGUAAAUUGGCCUCACCUGACGGAUUUCAUGUUAUCGUCCAAACUAAACGAUCGUGUUUUAAUGGUCAUGGGAAGGCUAUCAGAAGAAUUAGGAAUUUUUUGCUCUCCUUCAAAGGGUAAACGACGAAAAGAUAUGACAGUUGAAUUGAAAUCUAAAUAUCCUGCAAUUUUAAAUUAUAUUGGUGAAUGUUUCGCUUCUGGUGAUUGUGAUUUGUGUUUCGCAGCUCUCCAAACUUUGUCCACUUUCUUAGAAUGGUACAAAUUUGAUGAAAAUUUAUUGGUUUUUUUGUGUGAUAUUUUAGGUACUGACAUUGAUCCUGCCCGACAUCGAGAACAAUUGCGUAUAAUAAAGCAAGCAACAGACUGUCUGUUAACGUGUCUAUUUCGCAAAGUUCCAGAAAAAGACUGUUUGAUUAUAAUGAAACUUUUUUGUCCGAAAAAUGUAACCUCCAUUUUCAAAUGCGUCGAUUUGGCCAGACCAAAAAUUAACGUCAACAACUUCUCCAAUGACCAUUUCACUCUUGCUAAGAGGGUUUUUAGUGUUGUAACCAUGAUGGGACAGACAGCAAUUCAACUCCAUUCCUUAAAACAAGUUCCCACGGAAACCUGGCAAAUAUACAUUCAAAAAAUGCAUUCGCUUUUUUGUAUAGAUAAUUAUAUUCUAAAUGCUUUUGUUCUUCAAUUUUGGAGAGAUUUGGCUAAAAGUAAAGAGCUUCAAAGUUUAAUCAAUGCAUCAUUAAUAACAAGUAUGCUGUCAUUUAUAUGCACAAAAUUAUUUAAACGACCCUUUGGUGAUCCUUCAAUUCGUAUGGAGUUCGGUGACGAAGAAGACUAUGAUGUUUUCUAUAUAAAGUUUAAGGCUGAAUUAGUUGAUCUUGUGCGAUCUCUGACUGUGUAUCGUGAAGAUAUUUGUUUCAAUUUUGCAUCAAUUCUUUUGAUGACGACUCAAAUGAAAAGGGAAAACGCUUCCAUUGCUGAAUGGAAAAUCACAGCAAGCAUAUUGGGAGCUGUGUGUAAUCAUCUAACGGAUGUUUCGCUGCAUCAUCAACAAGGAUCUCCCCUUCUUGAUGUGCUGGUAAAAUCUGAUGAAAGUGAUGUUGCAGUUGAGAUAUUAUGUUGUCAGAUUUCAUGUGCGAUCGCCUUGACUAUUUUCAUCCCUCAUUCUCUUUCUUCAGAUCCUAGUUUGAUCGACACUCUGCUGGAAAAAAUAUUUAAAAUGGCUGGUUAUGAACUUCCCGGAGAGAACAGUGAUAAUCGAAGUAACUCUGUUAGAAAUCUCAGGCAUAUCGCCUGUUCUUUAUUCAUAAGAAUAACAAGAAGGUAUUCUGCAAUAUUACUCCCAGCUUUUGACCAGUUAAAGGACCGUAUCCAUGCAACAUUCGCUGUUAAUAUAGAAGCCAGUCAAAACGAAAUUUGUGCUCUCAACGAGGGAUUAAUGAUACUUUCAAACUGUUUCGAGGAUCCUGCUCAACAAACAUUGUUUGUAAAUGAACUUCUGGAGCCGAUAAAAUGGAUUCUCGAUUGUGAUCUUACUCCUGUAACUUUUAUCUCGUCUGUUGGGCUGGAUACGUCUCCUUGUGAUUUUGAUUUCAAAAGACAAACUCGUGCUCAAUUAAUGCAUGUCAUAUCAACUCUAUUGGGUCUUCUCAAACGAGUACGAAAAAAAGAAGUUCUCCAUGCUCCUGUUAUGGCAAUGAUGAAUCCCCUCUGUAAGCUAUUGUCUCAUCUAAAUUCUCUUUGGAAUCAAGAAAUGAUGAUGAUUUGCCAUGCUGAUUAUCGCUCAACUGUUUUCGCUCCUAUCACUGAAAGAGAUUAUCUUACUUUUUUGGAAAUCCUUGGUACUAGUCAUGAAGAUAAUGAAGAUUGUAACCCAUCUAAAAGUCCAGCCUUACGGAUGCAGAAAUUUUUUUUGAAUUUUCAAGACUAUUGCUACUCAGCUAUUGGGGCUGCUUAUUCUUUAAUUACUCCCGAGCUAUAUUUGGAAUUUAACAACAUCACCUUAGCGGUGGCUGGCUUUGAAAAUCUUCCUGAUAUGAUGUUGAGAAGAGUGAUUCGAGUUUUUUUGAAACCAUUCUUCAAAAAUUUUCGUUUUAACGAUAUAGAUGAUUUUGAGAAGACGUUUUCACCGUUUGUUAAGCAAGUUUUGCCCGUUCUUUUCACCAGAAUAGAUAUUUCUAUGAAAAUUAUUUGUGAACGAGAAUGUAUUGAAGAGAAAACUGACAUUAGACGUGAGAUCGUUGAAGAAAAAGCUAGUCGAGAUCUUGCACUGGACUUUGUCAGUAUCCUAAGGUGUUUAAUUUUAUCCUCAAAAAGUAACCGAAAGCCCGAAAAUCUGAUAGAUGAAGAUGAUUUUGAUUCAAGAGAAACAGAUGAACAAAAUAACAAACCAGUUGAGCAAAGCGCCUCUUACCUUGGAGAUUACCUCAUUAAAAAUUUGCCCAGCAUUAUUACUCAGAUUUGUUUUCAAUGUUUAAAUUGGCCAGACUCAACAGUUUCAUGGAAAGCUGGUUCUCUGUGUGAAGUCGUUCUGGCUCGUCUAAUUGAACAUGCCAUGGUCCGUAAUCCAUCAGACUGUCUAUUUUUACUAGAAAAUAUUUGUAAAGCUUUAGGAUAUUUUGGUGAAUACGAGCUAAAUCGCGGAAUAUGCUUGCAGUUGAUAUCCACUAUUUAUGAAAGCUUAAUACUCCCGAUGAAAUUUAACUCUGUUAAACAUGAUCUCAUCAAAUUAUCGGAUGGAAAUAUCGAAAAAUGGGUUCAAUUCGAAAAAAAAUGGAUUCGUAACCCACCAAAAACUAAAAAUGUUCAAAAAAGUAAACGAGAAGCGUUAGAAGAGCUUUUAGAUCCAAUAAUCGGUAAAAGCUUAUCCAAAAUUGGGAGAAACCCCCAAGACAAAGGAGGAAAUUCAAUUUCAACUCCAAGACGGAAAAAAACAACAGAUGUUUUCAAUGAUAAGACUUUAUAUUUUUAUGAACUUUUUAGGUAAUUGUGAGUCAUCUCGUGAAUUAAAAGCAGUAGAUAUUUUGUAAAUUUGAUAAUUUAUAAUCAACUCUCCUAAAAGCCUUUCCGUCUUUCAAUAGCUCAGUUAAAAUUAUAUUUUUGUUAUUUUUUCAACAUUGAAAAGCGAUGUUAUAGUCUUUGUUUUGUUAUGAAAACCUUUGAAAAUAACUGAAAAGUACAAAUAAAAUAAAAUUA